AAAAAUAGUUGGCAAAUUCCAAAUCGAUACUUUCAAUUUGAUUUUUGGUUUAUAUUUUGUCAAUGUUUCGUGAACGAUGGCUGAUGCUGCAGCUUCAGUCCAUAGAUUUGUGAAACAGAAGCUGUCAAAUGAUGAAAUUUGCCUUCUUUGUGUAGAAGGCAAGGAACUGGUGGAGGGUGCUGGCAAGAUCAGGAAGUUUGUCUGCCUCAUAGAAAGACAGGGUGACCAUGCAGUGUUCGUGUAUGUGAGUAAGAGUGUUCCCUGUCAAACAUCAGAAGAUUUGAGGUUGGAAAACGUAUUUCCUAUCAGUGAAGCCCUCCGUGUUGUCACAGAGAUACCCCAGACUGUUCAAGAUGGGUACAUGCUGGCCCUACAGAAUGACAGCAAUAAGUGUAUGUUUGAACUCAGCCAGGAGAACUCUUCCAAGAACUUCAUUGUGGAAUUGAAAAACAAGAUGGCCAUUCAAUCCCAGAAUGCAGCAUUCGCACUGCCAUCCACAUUUUCCUGGUUGGAGAAAUACAGCACCAAGCUUCUACACCCCGGCCCCACCCCCUCUGGUGAGGAUAACCCUUUCCAAAAUGAUGUAUUUGACCCUCUCAAGUACAUGCAGCUAGAUAACAGUGGGAGCAAUGUCAGCGUUGAAAAAGCUAGUAACGAGCUGGAUGGUUUCGAAGAUGACUUUUUUAACUUGGCGUUAACUUCAAGCGGUUCAAGCCAGCAGUCGAACAGUGAGUUGACGGAAUCCCUGGACCAGGUUGCACAGAAGCAGCUGGGACUCAAGCCGGGAGCCAAUAUGGCCGCUGGGCUCAAGCCGCUGUCUGCGAGGGAAAAACUUGUCGAACAUCAGCUGAAAAACAGACAGAGCGAGUUUGUAGAGAUACAGAACUUCAGGGUGUUCGUGGGGACGUGGAACGUCAACGGUCAGGCUACAACCAACCUGGAUGAGUGGUUGGCUUGUGACAAGGAGCCUCCUGACAUCUACGCUAUCGGUUUUCAGGAGUUAGACUUGAGCAACCAGGCAUACAUUUUCUCAGAUUCUGCCCGGGAGGCUGAAUGGCAGGACGCCGUAGCAAAACACCUCCAUCCACGAGCUGUAUAUCAGAAGUUGAAGUCCAUCCGACUUGUUGGUGUUCUACUGAUGGUCUUCAUCAAGGAUAUACACUGGACUCAUGUCAACCUUAUAGACUCGGACUAUGUAGCCACUGGCAUCAUGGGAAUGUUGGGUAACAAGGGCGGGGUAGGUGUGAGAUUCUCCCUCCAUGACUCCACCCUACUGUUUAUCAACUCACAUCUAGCAGCCCAUCAGGAGGAAUAUGAGCGUAGAAACCAGCUCACUGGAGCACGAAGGUCGGAGCUAUUUGGACGGCUCUUUGUUCGGCGUCCAUCGUCAUGUGUCGAUGCAUUCGAUAUAGAAAGCAAAAUGAAGUUCAAGAGAUUCCUUCCACCACUUACUGUCCAAGAUCAUGAUGUUGUGUUUUGGCUGGGUGACCUGAACUACCGGAUAGACCAGGACAUAACUGUUGUGAAAGACUGUGUGGCCCAGGGCAGAUUACACAAACUUCUACCACAUGACCAGUUGCGGAAACACAUGAGUACCAAUAUUGUUUAUAAAAGCUACUCAGAGGGCGAAAUAAACUUUCCACCCACGUAUAGAUACGACACUGGGACAGACAACUUUGAUACUAGUGAAAAGGCCCGCAAUCCUGCCUGGUGUGACAGGGUGUUAUGGAAGGGUUCAGGCGUUCGACAAAUCAUCUACAGAUCUCAUCCGGCCCUUAAAAUCAGUGACCAUAAACCAGUCAGCAGUCUCUUUGACACUGGGAUCAAAGUGGUACUGAAAGAGAAAUACAAAAAAGUGUAUGAGGACAUUAUGAAGCAGCUAGAUAGAUUGGAGAAUGACUACCUACCACAAGUGUCAUUAACCCAGAGGGAGUUCCUGUUCCUGGAUGUGAAGUUUAUGGAACCCCAUGAACUGAUUCUGGCUGUAGCAAAUACUGGACAGAUCCCAGUGACAUUUGAGUUUAUAAACAAGCCGGAUGAAGACACAUAUUGCAAACCCUGGCUGAAAGUGUCCCCAUCAUCAGCUGUCAUUGAACCAGGUGACAGUGUGGAGAUAUUCCUGGAGGUUUUGGUGGAUCAUCACAUUGCCUACCAGUUCAACUGUGGACACCAGAAGAUAGAAGAUAUCCUCGUACUUCACCUGCAUGGUGGCAAAGAUUUCUUUAUACCCAUCAGUGGUAACUACAUUGUGAGCAGUUUUGGGUCGUCCAUCGAGGCACUGGUGCAGAUGCAUGGGCCGAUACGGGAGGUCCCCACAGCUGAUUUGGUCAAUAUGGAGCGGCCUGGUAGCCUUGACAACGUAGACACACAUGCAGUAGAUACCCGGCUGUUAGCUGCACCCAAGGAGAUAUUCAGACUUGUUGACCAUAUAUGGCAAUAUGGCAAACAUCAGGAGGAUCUAUUCCAGCAACAGGGUUUGAACACAGAGAUGCACCAGAUACGGGACUGUCUUGAUACGGGGACACCUGAACAACUACCAGGCGGUAUCCAUUCCGUUUGUGAGGCCCUUCUUCUCUUCCUUGAAUCCCUUGCUGAGCCAGUUAUACCCUACAGUCUGUAUGAAAACUGCAUCAGCGUUAGUAACAACCAUCUUCUAUGUAAACAGGUGAUGUCUGAAGUGCCAUUAUGCCAUAGGAACGUGUUCAAGUAUCUGUGUGCCUUCCUGAGACAGCUGUUGGAAGAAUCGAAAUAUAAUAACCUGGACAUUAAAUAUCUCUGUCCAUUAUUUGGAGACAAAUUCCUCCGUCCCCCACCAGUAAGAAUGACCAAGUCUCGAAGAACAGCAGUAAAAUCUGAGGACAUGAAGAAAGCGGCUUUCCUCUACCAUUUUCUUGUUCGACCAUAUGAUGAAUAGCUUGGCUUUAGAUCUCAAUUUUAAUAGUCUUAGGUAUAUUUAUAAGGGUGAAUGGUCAUUUUUGUUUCUUUGUUGUGUUGCGUGCAAAACACUCUGGCAGACACAUAGAGAUUACUUUGUCAGGAGUUAUCUUUAUCGUCAUCUUACCUUUUGAACGACUUGAUGUAGAGUCUUUAAACAUGGCUGCCACUGAUAGACGACUUAUUCCCGUUUGAUUUACAUGAAGUUGAAUAAUGCAUAAAUUAACAUAAAGCAUUUGAAAACAGCACAAGUCUGCAUAAGAAAAUACUACACUAUGUGUAAGUUGGUUCUGUAAAAAAAAAUGAUAAAAAGUAUGGAAUGCAUUUUUAUGUCAAAAUUUUAAAUUAUUAUUUCAACUUCGAAAAUACAGAUGCUUGAUUUGUAGUGGUUGGGAAAUUUUACGUUUAAAUUUUUUUUUUUUUUAUGGCAGUUCUACUUUGAAUGCUGACAUCAGGAUGUAUAUAUAUCCGCUUUGUUAAACAUUGUCCACCAUAUUACAGACUAUCAUUUCAACCCACCAUGAGCUUUAAACAGCUCAAUUUCAACUAUAUUUUGAUAUUUAUAUUAAUUUAUUUUGUUGCCUGUCAGGUUAAUAUAUGAACAUAUUACAUUUGUAAUACAUUAUAUUCGCAUUUUCAUUCUUUUUAUUAUUAAAGAAUUAUGAUUAAGAUACAAUUCCUUUUUUGGCAAUAUCUUUCUGUUAUUACUACUUUAAACUUUUAAUUUCUUAAAAUAGGCUGGUGUAUUGCUAGUAAGGCAAGAGUUUGUUUUCUUUUGUUUAUACGCAGACUUUUCAGAAAAUAUUGAGAGGAGGAGGUGGUGGGGGAAUUUUUUUUUUUUUUUUGUGCUAGUAUACUUUUACAAUUUGAUGAAGUUUAAAAAAUAUCAUUUUAUUUAUUGAAUUAUGCAUCAAUGGGAAAACAUUCAUCAUCCUGUGAUCUGAUUUUGUUAAAUUAAUGUCUUGUUUUAUAAAGCUAAAAACACGUAAUAAAAUGUGACUGAUUUGCAAAAGGGAUGACGAUUUUCAUUCAAGUUUGAAUUUUUAUCCCAUUUUUUUUUAUUUCUCCAAUGAAUUUACUGGACACAAACAAUACUCAUAUCAUUUGAACACAUUUUUGUUUUCAAACAUGUAAAUUUGAAUAAAUAGUACCUCUUUGAAAAAGAUGUCCCUAUCAUACAUUUGCAACUGUUGUAAACCAAAUUCUGUUAAGCAUUUUAGAAUAUUGUUUUUGAUAUUAUUAGUUUGCACCAAAUUCUGUUCAAAUUAAUGAUGUGCCAGAUUAAUAAUGUCAAGUUGUUUAAUGUAGACAUAUUUACACCUUGGGCUUGUUGCUAAAACUGUUCAAUGUCAAAUGUUAUACAACCCAAUCCUAUGCAAGGUACUUAGCACAUUACACCACCUUAGAAUUCUGCUUCCUCAAGGAUACCACUAGUUUGAUUUUGAUUGUUGCAUAACAAAACUGCAUUUAAAAAAUACAUGGACUUAACUUUUCCCACUCAUUUUCUGUUGGCUAACUUAUUUUAUUUUUAUCCGUAUAGUACUAUUUUAAUUUCGGUUGUUGCUUAGAUCAUGAUGGCUCUAAUGUGGUACUCUAAAAAACCUACGAAACACAACCAUUGUAUGUCAUUAGGUCAUCGAGGGGUGAGCUUGGUCUAUCUAGUGGUAUAUGUGUCCACCUCUCGACCAAGAGGUUGUGGGCUUGAGCCGGACCAGGGAAGUGGACUCGACGCCUCACAAAAAGGACACCAGUGCAAAUUUCUCUGCAGGAAACAGACUCCAGAAUGAUUUGAUAUCACCUUUCAGCUGUCUUCAAGUCAAGCUAAAAUAAAUAAGAAUAAAACUACAAAACCAGUAGGUCAUUGUAAAAUACAUAUAGUCAUAGGCUAGGUUCAAGAAGAUUGAAUUUUGUUGAUGUAUUUGAGAUGAUUGGUGUGUUCAAUUUGAUGAAUUUGAUUGGUUAAUUUUUUUUUUUAGCUGGGAAUUAUUGUUAUAUGGUAGAUGCACAAGAAUUAGGCGUAAAAAAUAGUGUUCGUUUCCGAUUUCAUGCAUACACCAAUAAAUAGAGUAGGUAGGCCGGAAAAUCUUUUGAUUAUUUUUUUAUUAAGCAAUUUGUUUCUAGAGAUUUAUCUGUUUACAAAUAACUAUUGUUCUGAAACAAACAUAUUUUUUCUCGCCUUUAAAUAUUUUAUGGAAACACAAUGCUAUUUCCGAACAUAACAUAAAGUAGUUACAAUGUUUGUGCAUCGAGUCCUAGUUAAUCCAUACAUUCAUUCAAUAUUGUUAUGUUUUAGGCAUGUAUAGCUUAACUGUGAUACAACCAAAAAGGAUGUUUUGUUCCUUUUAUUUCAUGUUUGUUUUUGUUUAAGUCUUUUGGUCAAUCGUCCUCGUUUAUCAAUAUUGCAUGUACUUGUUAUGCUCACUGUAAAAAUCCAAAUGCUUUUACUGCUUAAUGAUAUGCGAUAAUCAUCGUUAUAAUUAUUAUACCUCACUCGACUUUGCAGUGUUAAAUUCUCAUUUACCCAUCAUUGGUAAUUUCAUACUGCCACACAUCGACAGUACGGUUUUGACGAGUUGACAUGAUACUGUCACAUAGCAUGAGUGUCUAAAAUUAUUCAUGUCUGGUCUCCUCAAGUCUGAGUAGGAAAGCCCUUAUAAAUUUGUGAUGUUAUGCUGCAACUUCCAGUGUUUGCAACUUGUUGUUUAUCAAUACUUCUUUUGUUGCAUUUUAAAGCUGCACUCUCACAAAUUGAACAUUUUGACAUAUUUUUUUCAUUUUUUGUCUUGGAACGAGCCAAUUUGGGCGAAAAUCCAUGGAAACCAGUGAUAAAAGACUGCUGACAAAAACUAGAUCGCAGAUUUUUAUAUUUAAGUUCAAAAAAUCAUUCUUUAUUCAUUUUUCUUAAACCGUUAGUAAUGGUUUAAGCCAUAAAACAUUAAUUUUCUAACGGAUAUAUGCAAAUUUGCGCUCUGAUUUUUUGUCAGCAAUCUUAUAUCAUUGGUUUGCAGAUAUUUAUGCAAAUAUUUGCUCUUUCCAAGACGAAAAAUAAAAAAGUUGUAAAAAUGGUAAAUCUGUGAGAUAAAAUAUCGCAUGUCUACUAGAGUGACAGUUCAUAUUGUCAACAUUUGCCUCGGGUAACAGCAUUUUCCUCAUGUUGACAAUAUAUACUGUCUGUGUCACACUGGAAGCCAUGCAAUAUUUAUAUAUUGAUUGCAGUUUGUGUAAAAUAUUGCAUAUUAUUGUUAGAAUCUCUUUUUUAUGUUUUCACUGAGCAAAUGAAUGAUGUCACUAAUUUAGUAGACCGUAUAGAUAGUAUAUUUUUUAUUUAAAUUGAUUAUCUAAUAUAUAAUCAAAAAAUGUUAUGAACAUUUAAUUUAAAAGCCUAUGAGCCUGUUGGUUCAAAGACAAAUUUUCUUUGAAGUCUUUAUUGAUCAAUUAAUAUUUUACAGUCACAAAAUACAUUCUUCCAUUUUUAACAUUUUAAAAAUAAGGGUUUAAAUUUAGAUUUUAAUGAUUUUUUUUUAUCAAUCUUAUCAAUGUUUUUCAUGAAUAUUUGUCUAUUUGGGCAUUUAUAGAUCUAAUUUACAACUUCUUUUGAAAUAAAAUUUGACAAAUUAUAUUUUUUUCUUUAUAUUCAAAAUAAAAAAUAAAAGAGAAUUAAGGGGCCGAAAUGUCUCAAGUCAAUUUAAUUAAGGGGACGAAAUGGCAGGGCCGAAACGUCUUAGGGGCCGAUUUGGUAAGGGGCCGAUUUGUCUCGCUCCGGCCUGUUUCAUUAAAGGGUCUUUUUUAAUUCAAUAUGUAUGACCAUCACAUAUGACCACUAAUUAAAAAUUCAAAUUGAAUAAAAACUAAGUAUUGUUCUUGGAAAUAUAUGUAAAAGUAACCAAGGUAUAACACUAAAAUAUUUUCUCUUGAACACUAAAAUCUUCAUUGAAAUUGGCCCUAAGUUACAUAGUAGGCAGUGUCGGUCAGGGAUUGCGUACAAUCAUCAUUUUAGCUACAAUGUUAAAAACAGUGUGAUUAUAAUAAGAAAUAGUUUCCAUACUACAUGUAUAAAUCAUGCCUUCAUCAAUGUGAAUCCAUCACUCCUAGUGUGUCAUAUUCCAGUAUACUGCAUUAGUAUCAAUGUAUUAUGGUUGUUUGUUAUAUCGCAAUGUUGUACUCCUGUAAUGGGUAUAUAAAACGGA